AUGCCUCUUGUUCCAAGCUCCGCUCCGCUGCCCGGCAGUAUGACCACAUUUGCUUACUUGCGUGAGCAAAAAAUACUCAACAUUGUCUACGUCGGCCUUCUCGUGGUGGAAGUCCUUAUGGUUCUGGGCGUCAUCUCCGUCGCCCUCGUCAAGCGAGUCAAAGCCCACCGGCGACCCAAAGCGAUUCGACCAGUCACGCCUUUAACAAACUAUCCGCCUCACCAAUAUAUGCACUUCGGAAACGAAAAGCCAACCAAAUCAUGA